AUGAGUGAAACGUCAUCUUUCGCAGACUCGUACAACCCGCGAGAAUACGGCGAGGCCGAUGCCGCCAGCAAGCAGCUCAAAAACAGCCUCUCCAGAACCGAAACCGGCAAGUCGCUACGAAGCUUGGGCCUCGACAGCUCCAUCCCCCAACCCGACAUCAUUGCGCCUCCGGUCAGCAACCCGAUUUUCCCCGAGGAGUACAAUUUGGAGACGGAAACCGGACUUGUCCGUGUCGAGACAUUGCGGUCGUUGGGCCGGACUAAAAGCGGCAAGACAGAGGAGUCCAGCAGCGACAAGACCGCGGCAGAGCUUGAUCCGGACAUCGAGCUUGUCACGUUUGUGAACAACGACCCCGAAAACCCGUACAACUGGCUGCCUCGCUGGAAGUGGUGGUACACGUUUGUGUAUUCGUGGGCUGUGAUCAGCGCGGCCUACGGCUCGUCUUCCUUGGCGGGUGGUUUGCCCCUCAUCAACGAGAAGUACAACGUGUCCACGGAGGUGUCCACGCUCACGGUGUCGUUGAUGGUGAUUGGAUUUUUGGUGGGCCCGUUGCUCUGGGCCCCGCUCUCGGAGCAGAUCGGCCGCCGGCCGGUGUACAUCAUCAGUUUCUUCUUGUACACGGUGUUCAACAUCCCCGUGGCGUUGUCGCCCAACAUCGGCGGGGUGCUUGUGUGCCGGUUUCUCCUUGGCGUGUUCUCGUCGUCGGCCUUGACCAACGUGGGCGCCUCGUUGGUGGACAUCCACAACGAGACGCGCGGCUUGGCCAUUGCGUUCUUUUCCUUCUGCCCCUACUCGGGCCCGGUGCUCGGCGGUAUCGUCAACGGGUUCAUCAGUGUGGACUCCGGCCGCUACGACCUCAUGGUAUGGAUGAACAUGGCGUUUGCCGGCGUCAUGUGGGUUUUGAUGGCCACCAUUCCUGAGACCUAUGCGCCAGUGAUCUUGAAGAAAAGAGCCAAGCGCUUGAGGAAGGAAACGGGCAACCCCAACAUCAUGACGGAGCAGGAGGCGUCGCCGCUCUCGUUUUCCGAGUUGGUCAACAACAACUUGGUGCGCCCGCUCAAGUUCAUUGUCACGGAGCCCGUGUUGGACUUGAUCUGCUCGUUCGUGGCGCUCAUCUACGCGUUGCUCUACGCCUUUUUCUUUGCCUACCCCGUGAUUUUCAACGAGCUCUACGGCUACGGCGACGACAAGAUCGGCCUCAUGUACAUUCCCAUUUUGAUCGGGGCCGGCUUUGCCGUGAUCACAACGCCCAUUCUUGAGUCCAAGUACAAGGUGCUUUGCGGCAGGAGACGCCCCACGCCCGAGGACCGGCUAGUGGGCGCCAUGAUCGGGUCGCCCUUCCCAUGCAUCGCCUUGUUUAUUCUUGGGGCCACGUCGCAGAAAGACAUCAUCUGGGUGGGCCCCGCGUCGUCGGGCAUUGCCUUUGGCUUUGGCAUGGUGUUGAUCUACUACUCCUUGAACAACUACAUUCUCGACACCUACCACAAGUACGCGGCGUCCGCGUUGGCCACCAAGGUGUUUUUGAGAAGUGCCGGCGGGGCGGCGUUCCCGUUAUUUGUCACCCAGAUGUACGAAGGCAUGGGUCUCCGUUGGGCCAGUUUCUUGUUGGCGUUCGUGUCCUUGGCCAUGGUGGCUGUGCCGUUUGGCUUUUACAAGUACGGCGCUCCUUUGCGGAAGAAACUCUGCAAGGAGGACUACUCGGUACAGCUCUAA